AUGUAUAAAGCGCGCUCAGUUCGAGCAAAGAUUAUAGAAUACAAAAAUGUCGCAUCCCAUACAAAUUAUCGGAACCCCAAACUCUUUGAAAACAUGGAACGUAUCCUAAGUGAAAAGUACUCUCCAACGUCCACAGAUGUUCUUCGAGCUAGAGUUCGCACAAAUGGUAUAAUUGAGACAAAUUUUCUCGUAAACGAUUCUGUUGUAAGCAUGUACGAUGUGGGUGGUCAGCGAUCGCAGCGUCGUAAAUGGGUUUACUGCUUUGAAGAUAUAAGAGCUGUGCUUUUUGUUGUAGCCCUAAGUGAAUACGACAUGACUCUUCUUGAGGACAACACCGUUAAUCGCCUUGUAGAAAGCCUAAAUUUAUUUGAGCAAAUAAUUAACAAUAGAUGGUUCAAAGAAGCUGCAUUUAUUUUGUUCCUUAAUAAACUGGAUCUAUUUCGCGAGAAGAUUAUGUGUACCAAUAGACACCUUCGUUUAUUUGUUCCAUCUUUCAGAGGUCCGGAUCGCAACAUUGACCAAGCAGCUCUCUUUAUCCAAAGUGAAUUUCUCAAACGCAAUCACAAUGCACGUCGAGUUAUAUGUCCGCAUUUUACCACUGCUACGGAUACAGCCAAUGUGCAGACAGUAUUUCAUGUCGUUAUGGAAACCGUGCUAAAAGAAAAUCUCGGUGCCGUUGCCCUUCUUUAAAUAAUACAAUCGAACAAAAUUUUUGCUAUGCCAAAUUUGAAAUAUUAAUAUUGUACCGUAAGUGUCCUUACAGCUAUUCUUCUUUUAGAAAGAU